CUGUCAUGGCGGCGGAAGCCGGCGGAGGGGAGCAGUUGGUUCGAUUCGUGAAGCUGAGUGGGAGAGCUUCAGGCUCUAAGAAGAAAGUACGAUGGUUUCCCGUUAGGCGACUCUUCACCCAUUCCUGUCCCAGCCUCAGGAUUCCUAGCAGGUUUUUGAGAGAAGGUCGUAGAUCACCUCCUGCACGAAGUGGACACCGCUGUGUGGCAGACAACACGAAUCUAUAUGUAUUCGGAGGAUACAAUCCAGAUUAUGAUGAAUCAGGUGGGCCUGAAAAUGAAGAUUACCCCCUCUUCAGAGAACUCUGGCGAUACCAUUUUGCUACUGGGACUUGGCACCAAAUGGGCACAGAUGGCUAUAUGCCAAGAGAACUGGCAUCAAUGUCAUUGGUUCUACAUGGCUACAACCUUCUCGUCUUUGGGGGCACUGGAAUCCCGUUUGGAGAGAGCAAUGGUAAUGAUGUACAUGUUUGUAACGUGAAGUACAAGAGAUGGGCACUGCUCAGCUGUCGUGGAAAAAAACCCAACCGCAUUUAUGGACAGGCAAUGACUAUUAUAAAUGGUUUUUUGUACGUGUUUGGAGGAACCACUGGUUAUAUUUAUAGUACAGAUCUGCAUCGUCUUGACCUCUCUACCAGAGAAUGGACUCAACUGAAGCCAAAUAAUCCACCGUGCGACCUUCCCGAAGAGAGGUACCGACAUGAAAUUGCACAUGAUGGACAGCGGAUCUAUGUUUUGGGUGGUGGCACCUCCUGGAUUGCAUACUCAUUAGAUCAGAUCCACGCAUACAACUUUGAAACAAACACCUGGGAAGAUAUUCCCACCAAGCCACAUGAAAAUUUAGGAUUCCCUGCGGCCCGAAGGUGCCACAGCUGUGUCCAAAUAAAGCAAGAGGUGUUUAUCUGUGGUGGUUAUGAUGGAGAAACUAUCCUGGGGGAUCUCUGGAAGCUGAAUUUGCAGACGUUUCAGUGGACGAAACUUCCUGCAAUUAUGCCUGAGCCUGCUUACUUCCACUGUGCAGCAGUUACGCCGGCUGGCUGCAUGUAUAUCCAUGGAGGGGUUGUCAACAUCCAGCAGAACAAGAGGACCGGCUCAUUGUUUAAAAUAUGGCUAGUGGUGCCCAGCCUGCUGGAACUGUGCUGGGAGAACUUAUUAAAGUAUUUUCCCCAUCUUGCUCACCUGCCUACAAAUCAACUCCUGCAGCUUGGAUUAUCACAAGGGCUUAUUGAGAGGUUGAAAUAAUAUUCCUAUUGUAUAAUCUUUCUCUCCUACUGAGCUGUAACACUUACAGGAGUCCUCCACAGGGGAACGCUGCUAACAAGAUCAGAAUACCUGGACUUUAUUCAAACAUUCUCUGUGGCCUUCAAUCAGUUUCACAUUUUAACAACACCAGCGCACAUAGCAGUGGUUUUAAACACGUCACAUUUAUUGCAAAUGUUUUU